AAGUGGAGUCAGGAUCUGAAUGCAUGUAGUUGGUCUCUACAGCCUAUGCUCUUCAUCACCCAUGCUGGGGUCCUCCAGAACCUGCAGGAAACCCAAAGGAGAAUGCCAAAGGAUAAAUCCUAAAACCUCAUCCUAUUACACAUGGGAGGAAAGAGGGGGCACCUAUGGGAAACUGGAGUGAUUCAUUCCAUUAGGGCAUUUAGGAGAUGCUCCUCUUUGAAAGGGGGAAAGAAUCAUCCCUGGGUAUGGGGCAAUCCUGCAUCUGCUGUAUGUUUGAGGGUGAUAAACACUGGAUAGUUCAUCUCUGGGAUACCUGAAGAGAAAAAGAGAACCCCUACCCCCCAAUCUCUGAGGGGCAGCCCUAUUUCUAAGAUAAAUCAAGGAAACCCUGCCCCAGGGUCUGAGAGAAACACUCUCCACCCCAGGUGCCUGCUCGCUCUCCUGGAGCCUCUGGCCGUUGCACCCUACUGCGGAUUCUGGGUUUGGCUGGGGCACAGGAUUAGCCAUCCCCAGGAAAUGCCUCCCUCCGGUCCAGGCAGGGAUCCCAGCACACACACCCCUGGUGGUGGCAGUGGGGGGAGAGAGGGGGAAGGUGGAAUGUUUCCUUCUCUCCAGGUCAGAGAUCUGGGGACCACCUGGGGGCCCUCACCCCUCCCACCUCCGUGCUGGGGAAGUGCCCAGUCCGGUGCCCCUUCCACCGGCACGUCCCUCCCUCGAGCUGUGCCGGGGCAUGAAUCAGCUCUCACAGCUUGUUAAAGCUAGACCUCUUGUUUUCAUGCCCUCACCUCAGGAAACAGAGUUACAGCUUUUCCAGCUCUACUCAGCAGGGGGCCAGGGUCCUCACUUUAUAAACAUCCCCAGCCUGUGAGAGCAGAGGGCACGGAGAUAGUGUGAGACAGGAGCCCAGGGGAGAAAGAGAGAAAUUAAGACUCAAGGAGCAAACCGAAGUAAAGCCAAGGAGACAAGACCAGAGUAGUCUGAACAGAAGCCAAGAAGGGUUCGAGAAGGCUGUGCAGCAGAAAUGGCCCUACCGAUACUCUGGGCUGGACAGGCCAAGGGGAUCCUAGGUGGCUGGGGAAUCAUCUGCUUGGUGAUGUCUCUACUCCUCCAGCACCCAGGAGUCCACAGCAAGUGCUACUUCCAAGCUCAAGGUAAAGUGGGGUGAGAAGUUAGGAAAGGAUGAGGAGGGGGGUGCGCUUAGAGAUGAUCCCGUGUCAGAAUACCCAGAUUGCCUCCAGCCGUGAAACAGGAAAGACUAAAUAUGGGGGCAGUGUGCACUUGCUCCCUCCCAGCCCAGACGAGAUUCUGCCUGCCACCACCACUCCCACACCCACUAACAUUUCCCAUUCUUCCCUAGCCCCCUGUCACUAUGAGGGGAAAUACUUUACCCUGGGUGAGUCUUGGCUCCGUAAGGACUGUUUCCAUUGCACCUGUCUGCAUCCUGUUGGUGUGGGCUGCUGUGACACGUCCCAGCACCCCAUUGACUUCCCUGCUGGGUGUGAGGUACGUCAGGAGGCAGGAACCUGCCAGUUCUCCCUGGUGCAAAAAUCUGACCCUCGGCUGCCCUGCAAAGGGGGAGGGCCUGACCCGGAGUGGGGCUCAGCCAACACCCCUGUUCCUGGGGCUCCUGCUCCCCACUCCAGCUAAAUUCAACUGAUCACCCGUCUGCUGACUGCUCACUGCUGCUGCCACUUCCAGGGAAACCACUAGCGGCUGCCAAUUUAUUCUGAAUAAAUAAAUUAAUGCUACAGCUGAAA